UGCAGUGUUGGUCAGAAAAAACUGCAAUUAGUUUUGCUAUCAAGCCAUUGACUUCAAAGGCAAUAAUGAAGGAAAUCAAAUGGUAUAUGCUAUUUGAUACCGAAGCCAUUCUGGGGAGAAUCAAUAGAUCAUUUAGUUAAAUACCUUGACUAUUGAUCACUCUUACACCAAAAUCACCUUACAAGCUCAGGCCUCCUUUUCCUUUUGUCUGGACCAAGGAGCAAGUAUUUGUCUUCAAAAGGUCAGGCAGUUCUGAAUCUUUAAGGAAGUAAAAAUCAGCCAUUUUCAGAGAUCUAGCUAGCCAUGGCUAGAAACCAACUUGGAGUUCUUACUGCACUGGAUGCAGCAAAGACACAAUGGUACCAUUUCACAGCAAUUAUAAUUGCAGGGAUGGGUUUCUUUACUGAUGCUUAUGACCUGUUUAGCAUCUCUUUAGUCACAAAAUUGCUUGGUCGUAUUUACUACUACGUUGAAGGAUCUACAAAGCCCGGAUCAUUGCCUCCUAAUGUGGCAGCUGCUGUUAAUGGUGUGGCCCUUUGUGGCACUUUAGCUGGUCAGCUUUUCUUUGGCUGGCUUGGUGAUAAAUUAGGUCGGAAACGAGUUUAUGGACUUACCCUGAUGCUUAUGGUGGUCUGUUCCCUUGCCUCCGGGCUUUCCUUUGGAGACUCUCCAAAGGGUGUCAUGGCAACUCUUUGUUUCUUCAGGUUUUGGCUUGGUUUUGGAAUUGGUGGUGACUAUCCCCUCUCAGCCACAAUUAUGUCUGAGUAUGCCAACAAGAGGACUCGUGGAGCAUUUAUCGCCGCAGUUUUUGCAAUGCAAGGAUUUGGAAUUUUGACAGGUGGGAUUGUUGCUCUUAUUGUUUCAGCUGCAUUUGAUCAUGCGUACAACGCCCCUCCAUAUGACGUCGACGCAACAGGGUCAACUGUACCUCAAGCUGACUAUAUUUGGCGUAUCAUUCUGAUGUUUGGAGCAGUUCCAGCUCUCCUCACUUACUACUGGCGAAUGAAGAUGCCAGAAACAGCCCGUUACACUGCCCUCGUAGCCAGAAACGCAAAACAGGCUGCUUCAGACAUGUCCAAGGUCUUGCAAGUGGAUCUGGAAGCUGAAGAAGAGAAGGUAGAGAAGAUAGGAGCAUCAUCAUCCAACUCCUUUGGUCUAUUUACUUGGGAAUUCGCCCGGCGCUAUGGAGUACAGUUGCUUGGGACAACUUCUACUUGGUUCCUAUUAGACAUUGCCUAUUACAGCAACAAUCUGUUUCAAAAAGACAUCUUUACUGCAAUUGGCUGGCUUCCAAAACCUGCAACUAUGAAUGCAAUUCAUGAGGUUUAUCGGGUUGCAAGGGCGCAAACACUUAUUGCACUUUGCGGCACUGUUCCUGGAUACUGGUUUACGGUGGCUUUAAUCGAUUAUAUAGGCAGGUUCACAAUUCAAUUGAUGGGCUUCUUCUUCAUGACCGUUUUCAUGUUUGCUCUUGCCAUCCCUUACAAUCACUGGACACAUCACCACACCGGAUUCCUUAUCAUGUAUUCAUUGACCUUUUUCUUCGCAAACUUUGGACCCAAUGCCACCACAUUUGUUGUGCCAGCUGAAAUUUUCCCUGCAAGGUUAAGGUCAACAUGCCAUGGGAUAUCUGCAGCAGCUGGAAAAGCUGGAGCCAUAGUUGGUGCAUUUGGGUUCUUGUAUGCUUCCCAAAGCACAGACCCAUCACAGACUGAAGCAGGUUACCCACCUGGUAUUGGAAUGAAAAAUUCACUAAUUUUGCUUGGUGGCAUCAACGCCCUUGGGAUAUUUUUCACUUUCUUGGUGCCUGAGUCCAAAGGAAAAUCGUUGGAAGAGCUAACAGGAGAAAAUGAAGAAGAAGCCGACGAGAUCCAGCCGCCAUCUUCUUCUCAGACAGUUCCAGUCUGAACUAGCAAAGUUAAACCACAAUGUUUCAGAUCAAAACAUACUGUAGAUAUGCCAAAAACAGGACCCUAAAAGGCGAUGGAAUUGAAGAACUAGAAUAAUAAUGUCAGUGGUAAUGAUAGUCCAAUACUUUAAUUAUGUUACUUGAAAAAAAAAAAACAAACUUUAAUUGUGUUUUCAAUAAUGAUGUGAAUGUGAUAUUGAACCUCUCCUUCCUCCAAAUCAAAAUAUGAUGUGAUGUUAUCUGUAACUGGUAUUCAAGA